AGCAACACGCACGGACGUACGGUCUACAGGCGCAGGCGUGUUUCCCGCCCUUACGCUAAAGCGCGCGUAUUUAAAUUUUGACGUUCACCUGUAAUUUUAAUAAAGCAUAGACAAUUUAUGAUAUGCAAAUCUAGUGUAUUCAAAAUAUCGUAAAACACCUCUCGUUAAUAGGCACACGUUAAUUAAGGAAACAUGAAAAAUUAUCGUUCUCAACGGUAUGGUGAAAAUUAUCAGCCAAGGUGUAACGUGACGCCAUAAACUAUGGACAUAAAAAGUGGCAUAUUUUUAAAACACGACGUUUCAGAAACUAUAAACAUUUUUAUUUAACGUAUAUUAAAAUGAUUAGAGACAAGUUCAAAUUUAAUGUCAGUAAAAGUUUAUAGUGUAUUAAAAUGGAGAACGGGCAGUUUCUGUGGGAUUUGUUUUGGAUAGCUGCUCUAUUGCAAAUCGUGAUGACAGAUUCAACAACAAAUAACACAACAACUAUGGCGCCGACACAGAUGACAACAGCGGAACCUCCAAGUUCAGGUUACGCGUGGAGCGUAUGGGGUCGAUGGAGUCCUUGCUCUAGGACCUGCGGCGGUGGUGUGUCAGUACAAGAGCGACAGUGCCUGCCAAGGUUAUUGACAGCACCUCGUAAUCUUCAAGUGAACAGUAACGAAACGACACCUGUCCUAACAGUUCGAGUUACAAGACAAAUCAACAAAGGAUGCCUUGGGGUCGACAGAAGAUACCACGAGUGCAACACACAGCCUUGUGCAGGAGGCGUUCUGAAUACGCGCGCAGAACAAUGUAGUUCCUUUGAUAGAAGACCAUUUAGAGGAAGGUUUUACACAUGGAUUCCAUAUGUUGACGGUAAUGCGCCAUGUGCUUUGAAUUGUAGGCCUAUGGGUCAACAAUUCUACGCGACUCUGUCCAUAGUUGACGACGGCACCCCUUGUACUGAAGACGGACUCCCUGCUAUUUGUGUGCAGGGUACUUGUAAGGUAAUCGGACGGGAGUCUGUAUUAGCAGGCAGCAAUUCUCGGGAGCUGAGAUGUGGAAGAAGGCUCGUUUCAGGAUUGUUCUCGAAACCUCGACUGCCACUGGGCUACACUUUUGUAGCGACCGUCCCAAGGGGAGCAUGCCGGAUUAAUGUGACAGAAUUAGCUUCAAGCGAAAAUUAUAUCGCCCUGAGGCUGUCGAAUAGCUCGUAUAUAUUAAAUGGAGAGUUUGCCGUGAGUGCUCCAGGAAUGUAUGAGGCGGCUGGAGCCAGAUUUCUUUAUACCCGUACCGCUGGACUGGACAAUGUGCAUGCAAAUGGACCCAUAUAUCAUCCUAUUGAUAUUAUGAUUCUUUAUACUCAACCAAAACCGAACAUUAAAUAUGAAUACUUUACGGACUCUCCGAUUGAUGAAGGUGAUGAAGCUAGGCCAGAAAUACCAGAUGUCGUACCAGCUAUUAUUACUAAACAUACAAGGAGACAUCACAGUUUUGAUGCUUAUCCCAGGGCAACAGGGAAUAUACCUAGACAUUUAGAUCAUCCGAGCACUUCCAAUGAACAAACGAGUGUUGAAACUGGCCUCGAGGCAAAUGUAAUCGGCAACAGAAAAUUCUUGUGGAGAAUUUUGUCAUUCACCCAAUGCACAAGAAGCUGUGGUGGCGGCAUUCAGUUAGGAAAGUAUAGGUGUGUAGAAUCAACAAGCUCUGGAGAUCGAGAGGUAUCAUCGGUCCAUUGUACUGGAUCACCUCCAGUCGGUCGGAGACGACGAUGUGGUAAUGUGCCCUGUCCACCAAGAUGGAGGGCGGCCUCCUGGUCUCCUUGUCCCCGAUGUGGACCUGCCACUCGGACAAGGAUAGUAGGAUGUGUACAGGAUCACUCUAAAGGAAUUACCAAGAUAAGUGACCACAAAUGUCCACCUCCAAAGCCACCCACAACAGAAAUGUGUAACAUCCCAAGCUGCGAUGACCUAAGUUUGGGCCCGGUUAGACGUAUUGAAUCAAAGAGAACUCGAAACAAGGAACUCACCGACACAUUCCGCGAAGGCCCCGUCUAUACCGUAUCCAUCAAUACUACUGAAUCCGAAAUCGGCCCAGAAUAUAGUUUUAAUGCGGCAGCUGGCUGGCUUUACACCGAAUGGUCGGAGUGUAUCGGGUGGUGUGUCGGUGGUGGCGUGCAAACAAGAGGAGUGCGUUGUACUGAUCCUUCAGGAUGUGCUCCAAGAAAGGAACCUCAAACAAGCAGAAGCUGCUCGCCUGCCCUGUCAUGCGAGUCUUCAGAAGGGCAAUGGUUUACUGGUGACUGGUCGCGUUGCACUUCAAAGUGCAAAGGACGACAGAUUCGCGGUGUUCUGUGCAUCGGUGGCACAGGUAGGCAUCUUCGUGAUUCGGCAUGCAAGGACCCUAAGCCUGAUCACGUAAGGGAAUGCGGCGCCGACUGCCCUCCCACUUGGUACUUCAGCGAUUGGGGCAAGUGCACAGGGAACUGUACAUCUGAAGUAGGUUUACAAACGCGAUCAGUAAUCUGUGCUCACCCUGAAACCAACGCCACGGGCGGUGAAGGUGAUUGCAAGACUGCGAGACCUCAUGAGCAGAAAUCUUGCGAAAUGCGCUGUCCUACCAUUUCUACUCUACCGCCAGAUUUGACUAUCGAAUCUCAAAAAGUCGUUACUUCGAGUAAUCGGCCUCCCAUUAUUAGAGAAACCGGACCUAGAGAAUGCGAAGAUAAACUGAACAACUGUUUCCUGGCGGUUCAAGCUCGCCUUUGUCAUUAUAACUUCUACGUACAGAACUGCUGUAAUUCCUGCAAAGGACUGUGAAAGUACUGUUCAUUCUACGAUGAAGUAAAUGAACGGUAUCACAACUUUAUGAAUGAAUUUCACAAUAAAAGCGGGCAGCGUCGUACUGUUCCUGCACUUCAUAGCAUUACCUGUCAUAAUAAGGUAUUCGUCAUUCAUCAGUAGUUUCAUAAUCAUUUUUAGAAUAUAACGCGAUUGAAUAUGUUUCAUAAAUAUUUUGUAGUGUAGAAAAUUUAAUUGAAAAUAUAAAUUGACUCGACCGUGAUUUUUAUCCGUUAUUUUAAUAAAAUAAAUUUAGUAUUA